AAACAAUCCCCGCCCCCGCACUGCAUUGGCCCGGCCGCCGAAGGCGGGCCCUCCCGCGGCUUCGCGCGGGGGCGGGUCUCGCGAGACAGGACUGCUGUCGAGAGGCUUGUACGACCUGUCAAUCCUGAGCCAAAGUGCCUACUGGUCCUCGCUAGAGCUGUCGGAAAGAGUCUCGCAUCACCAUUGGACAAGCUUGCGGAAGUGGGUCUGUGUCCGUGGCGUCAUCAUCAGUUGCCAGGAUCGGGAACGCUUUAGGUGAUCUGAUUGGCUGAAGAGUGCGUGGCCCGGCCUCUCAAAAUGAGUCAGGGGCGGACCCUGGUCGUCAUUGGUUCAAAGGCUCGGAGAGUUAGGAGAGGAAGCGGAAGGAGCCGCGAGGAGCGGCUGGUGGCGGGAUGGAGGCGGUAGCCGAGCCCGGGAACCUGGCCGGCGUCCGAAACAUUAUCCUUGUCCUCUCUGGAAAGGGGGGCGUUGGGAAAAGUACCAUCUCCACGGAGUUGGCCCUGGCGCUACGCCACCAGGGCAAGAAGGUGGGGAUCCUAGAUGUAGACCUGUGCGGUCCCAGCAUCCCACACAUGCUCCGUGCGCAAGGCAAGGCAGUGCACCAGUGUGACAGUGGCUGGGUGCCUGUCUUUGUGGAUCAGGAGCAGAGCAUCUCCCUCAUGUCUGUGGGCUUCCUGCUGGAAAACCCUGAUGAGGCCGUGGUGUGGAGGGGUCCCAAGAAACAUGCACUGAUAAAGCAGUUUGUGUCUGACGUGGCCUGGGGGGAGCUGGACUAUCUGGUUGUGGACACGCCACCAGGGACUUCUGAUGAGCACAUGGCCACUGUGGAAGCCCUGCGCCCCUAUAGGCCCCUGGGGGCCCUCGUGGUCACCACACCACAGGCAGUGUCUGUUGGGGAUGUGAGGCGGGAGCUGACUUUCUGUAGGAAGACUGGGCUGCAGGUCAUAGGAGUCAUAGAGAACAUGAGCGGCUUCGCCUGCCCACACUGCGCUGAGUGCACCAAUGUCUUCUCCAGGGGCGGUGGGGAGGAGCUGGCCCAGCUGGCCGGAGUUCCCUUUUUAGGCUCUGUUCCCCUCGAUCCCCAGCUCACCAGGAGCCUGGAAGAGGGCCGUGACUUCAUCCAGGAGUUUCCCAAGAGCCCUGCAUACUCUGCGCUCACUUCCAUAGCCCAGAAAGUUCUGCACAGGAUGCCCGCUCUGCUCUCCUGACGGAUAGUCUCAUAGCCGCCUCCUGUCACUGUGUGCU